AUGCCUGAUUCGCCCCAAGUUCCCGGAGCAAGGUCAUGCUUUCUGGACGACCUUUGUGAGUCAGAGGAGUAUAUAAGCAGUGGAGUCAAGUUGGAUGUCAGUGCAGAGCAGCCGAGCUCGAUUCAAGUGCAAUCCUCAGUACAAAACAAAAUGAAGUUCGUAAGCCUUUUCCUCGUCGUGAUGGUGGCGGUGCUUGUGGCGCUGACGUCUGUCGGCGCCGACCCCAUCCCUCAGCCUGGCUUCUCGAAGGGCGUGCGGCCGCGCCGCUUCCACCAAGGGCCCUCCGUAAUCUACCAGGUGGCCCACCCACCCCCCUUCGUCCACUUCGCACCGCAGCCCGUCCAUUUCAUCCAACAGCCCGUUGUUUUGCUCCACCAACCCAUCGGCCUGGGUCACGGGCCGGCCUUCCACGGCAAGGGAUUCAAAGGUUGAUGGUCAAUGCGCAGUGGCGCCUAACACAGCGAACAGGAGUCUGCUACUGGCUUUGUAGAUAUUCUUCUGUUGCUUUUCAGACACAUGUUCGAAGAACUCGGAAACACUAGUCGAGAUUCGCUGCUUCUGUUGCUAAGGAGCAGGUAACUAUUUGCUCCAUGUUAGUGGUGUACUUUUAGUCAUGAAAUGAUUUAUCUCGUAUAAAUUUACAUAUCAAAAUAUAAUUAUUUACAGUUUGUAUGAAAUCCGGCCUUUGUAUGAAAAUGUAACCUUUUAUGAUAUUUUGAUCAAAUAUACAAACGGUUAAAAUA